CUUAAUUUGAAGAGCUGAACAUACUUCGGGACCAAACAGGUUCGCUGUCUCUGUUUUUCUAUUCAGCUCAAUAUAAAUUGCCUCACCUGGGACUGAAGUAGGACUCGAUUCUUGGAUGCUGAACUGCAGGCGCUCUCCAAGUAAUUCAUUGAUCACUUUAGACUCGAAAAAAAUGUUUACGAAAUACAUACUUCUCCUUGCCUUGCUGAAUCAUGUUUCCAUCUCCCUAGGUCAAUUGGCAAUGACAUCCGAAGGCUGUGCGGACCCAAGCGGCUUCGACUCCUGCUGGACUGCCGCAACAAAUGAAGCAACCUCUCUCUUCGCAAAGUAUUGUACGACUGGCGAGUGCACCGACGAGAACAACUGCUACACCCCUGAUGCCGUCUGUGCUGAGACGACCACUUGUAUUGCCUACACUCAAUGGAUAAAUUGCGCUUUAAGCACUUGCUGGAAUCGAGUGUAUGGAUGCGAGUACCAAAAUCUGGCAAUCAACGCUGUGGAGAACUGUCCCAUCGCUACCGAACUCGCACCAUACGUCCCAGCUCCACAUGACGGUCCUGGCUAUUGCUCUUGUAACAUGGGCUACGUUUACCUCGCGCAUCUAAACGAGAACCGUGCUGGAGCAGGCGAAACAUAUCGCUGCAACAACAACAUCGCUGCUCUGCAAGCAGAAAAUAAAUGCGAGCCAAACUGUAUCCAGGAGUCACAGACUUGUAAUUGCUGCGGAGCUAGUAGUGCAGUUUCGACAUUCUUCAACUCAUGCCCCACCACCGACCCCUCACAAGUCCCCAUCUUCCCUCUCCUUGGCUACUCCUCCCUCCUCUCCUCAACCUGCUCCUCCGCCCUCUCCGGAACAAAUUGUACCGCACUCCCCUACAACUUCACCAUCUCCCCCGGUCCGACCUACGAUCCCAGCAUCCAGAAUACAUUCUUCGACGCCGCGACCCUGCCGAAGAACGGCUCGGAUCCGUUGUCGGAUAAUGCGGGCGGGUUGAGCACCCCGGUUAGUGGCGUGGUGUUGACUUGGAGUUUGUAUAAGGGGACGCAGGUCGUUGCUAGUGCGAGCGUGACGACGUGGGAUGGUGCUGCGGCGGCGAGUUCAGGAGCGAGCGGAAGUGCGAGUGGAGGUGCCAGUGGGAGUUCGGUGGUGAGUUCGAAGGCUGGAUCGUCAACGACGAGUGCGGGGUCUGGCGGGGUGAGUUCUGGUGCGACGGCUGCUUCGACGGGAGCUACGGCUACGGCUACGGCGAAGAGUGGCUCGAUGAGAGUUAUGGCUAGCUUUGAAGGAAAUAGUGUAAAAUUGUUGGUUUCUUUGGUGGUGGGGUUGGUAUUUCUUUAGUGUUAAACUUUCCAAGGUCCGUUGUCUCAUCGUGGUAACCAGAUCAACAAUUUAGGUAACUUUUUCCCUCAAUUUGUUUAUUGUCCAAUUCACCCUUAAUUAGAAAGGGAAGAAGAGAAAGAUUUGUCUAGCAAUGCAAGAAAAAGUAUAAUUUGUCUAACAAUU